AUGGACGUCCAUAAUGCAUUUCUCCAUGGUGAUUUGAAAGAAGAGGUUUAUAUGCGACCACCUCCUGGCUUCCGUGGCUCGGAUAAAAACAAGGUGUGUCUUUUGAAAAAGUCGCUUUAUGGAUUAAAGCAAGCUCCCUGGUAUGAGAACUGCCUUUCAAAUGAACAAGGCCGGGAAUUAGCAGCAAAACUCGGUGUGGUGGAUCUUUUCUGGGACUGGGACUUGCCCAGGACCAGAGAAGGAUUCUACCGGUUCCAAGGCUCGGUCACAGCAGCAGUGGUCCGUGGCUGGGCCUUUGCACUGAUUGCUGACAUCAUCUGGAUGGAAACCGCAAGCCGUGACCUCAAAGAAUGCACCCAAUUUGCAGAAGGAGUCAAGUCCAAGAUACCAGAGGUCAUGCUUGCCUACAACCUCUCACCGUCAUUCAACUGGGACGCUUCUGGCAUGACGGAUCAGCAGAUGAUGGAGUUCAUUCCGCGGAUCGCUAGGCUCGGCUAUUGCUGGCAGUUCAUAACCCUUGCGGGUUUCCAUGCGGAUGCUCUUGUGGUCGAUACUUUUGCAAAGGAUUACGCGAGGAGAGGGAUGUUGGCUUAUGUGGAGAGGAUUCAGAGAGAAGAGAGGAGCAAUGGGGUUGACACAUUGGCUCAUCAGAAAUGGUCAGGUGCUAAUUAUUAUGAUCGUUAUCUUAAGACCGUCCAAGGUGGAAUCUCAUCCACUGCAGCCAUGGGCAAAGGUGUUACGGAGGAACAGUUCAAAGAGAGCUGGACAAGGCCGGAAGCUGCCGGAAUGGGCGAAGGGACUAGCCUUGUGGUCGCCACGUCGAGAAUGUAA